AUGGAUAUCAGUAGUGUUUUUAAAGCCAGCCUUUUGUUGGGAUCAAGAGGUGCAGCAAGUGAAGUUGACAUUGAGAAUCUUGGACUUCAAGAACAAAAGAAAUUGCUAGAAAGACUGGUGAACAAUGCAGAAGAAGAUACUGAGAAAUUUCUGUUUACGUUCAAGAAUCGAAUUGACAGAGUUGAAAUUGAAUUGCCCACAAUCGAAGUCAGAUUUGAGCAUCUAAAUGUUGAGACAGAAGUUUAUUUUUCUGGAAGAGUGACAUAUAAUGGACACAACAUGGAAGAAUUUGUACCCCAAAGAACUGCUGCAUACAUUGGCCAACAUGAUGUUUAUAUAGGAGAAAUGACUGUACGAGAAACCUUGGCUUUCUCAGCACGAUGCCAGGGUCAGGGAGCUGGAUCUAGUCAUGACAUGUUAGCAGAGUUGUUAAGAAGAGAAAAGGGAGCAAACAUAAUGCUUGAUCCUGAUAUUGAGAUCUGUAUGAACAUUCUGGGGUUGGAUAAUUGUACAGAUAUCAUAGUAGGAGAUCAAAAUCUUAGAGGAAUCUCUGGAGGGCAGAGGAAACGUAAUACAACUGGUGAAAUGCUUGUUGGACCAGCAAAGGUGUUUUUCAUGGAUGAGAUAUCGACCGGCCUGGACAAUUCUAUAACUUAUCAAGUUGUGAAUUCAAUUAGGCAAUCUGUCCAUAUUCUCAAGGGAACGGCUCUAAUUUCACUCCUGCAGCCAGAACCAGAAACAUACGAUCAUUCUCAUUUCUGA